AUGGAGGACCCGUUCCGCCGCCCGACUUUUACCCGGGAGCAGUUGAUACAGUACUUCAGCCUGCUAUAUCGGUGUGAGCCUGAGGCUGGAGAGAGCAAGCUCAAGGAGAUUGAACUACUCGUCACCUCCGAUCCCCUUGAGGCGCUUUUCCAGCUCCAGCGGCGGCAUAUAGCGACGUUUCCAUUUUCUAAUUUGGUCCUACAUUACUCUCAUCACCAAACGAUUUCGCUGGACCCUGAUGUCCUCUUUCAUAAGAUAGUAGAAAGGGGGCUGGGCGGAUACUGCGUUGAAAACACAGGAUUGUUUGAGAUUGUUCUACGGACCCUAGGCUUCCAAUUCUACCCGAGCGGAGGGAGAGUUUCUAAAUCUUUGGCGCCUGGGCCUGAGAAUGCCGAUUUCUUUGGCUUUGGCCAUAAGAUCCUGAUUGUAAUCAUAGACAAAAUCAAAUAUAUGGUUGAUGUUGGAUUCGGUCCUCAAGGCCCGACUCAGCCUUUAGUUAUGCGGGACGACGAGCCAGACGUGUCCGGUUUUUUCCAGAUGAGUUUAGUUCGGAAGAGUAUCAGUAUCAACACUGACGCUGCUCAGAGACCGUGGCAGUAUCGAUACCGCAAGGACACUGACAGCGAGUGGGUGGUGGCCUACUGUUUCUACGACAUCGAGUUCUUACCCGAGGACUUUGGGGUGAUGAAUUGGUGGACUAGUCAACACCCAAGAAGCGGUUUCACUCAAGGAAUCAUCUUUACGAUAUUCCUCCUCAACGAGGCGGAAGAUGACAUCGAGGGGAACCUGAUGCUUCUCAAGGAUGUUAUCAAAGUAAACCGCAAUGGGAACGUUGAAAUUCUGAAGAAUCUAAAAAGUGAGGAAGAACGCGUUGCUGCGCUGAAAGAAUUCUUUAAUGUACAUCUCCAACCGAUGGAGAUCCGCGGCAUUCGCGGAAAAAGUACCGAGAUCAAGACAGUUUAG